AGAUGGAGAGUAAAUAUAAGGAAAUACUGUUACUGAUGGGCCUGGAUCAAAUCGAUGAUGAGGAGGAACUGGAUAGGUUUAAGUUCUUUCUUCCAGGGGAGUUUGGAGUUACAAUCCCUAAGGGCAAACUGAAGACUGCAAACAGGACAGAGGUAGCUAACUUGAUGAUUCAAAAUGCUGGUGUGGUGUCUGCGGUGAUGAAGACCAUUAAUGUUUUCCAGAAGAUGAAUUACAUGGAACUGGCAAAAAGUCUUCAGGAAGAGAAGGAGAAAGUUGAUGAGAAAUACAAAUUGACCCAAAACCCAAAGCCAGUAAAAAAGAGAGCUCAAGCUGGAAUUGGUCCUGUCGCCUCUGCAGCCAUGGGAAAUGAUAUCACGAAGCAACACGCUGCACCAGAAGCCCCUCCUCACAGUAAGCCUAAGCAGAAACAGAUGGUGGCCCAGCAGCAAUCUGUCAGAGAAGAAGGGUUGCAGAAAGGCCAUUUGAUGGUCACGGUGCUGAAAGCAAUGAAGCCCUUUGAGUUUGAGACCCAGGAAGGCAAGCAAGAGAUGUUUCAUGCUACGGUGGCUGCUACAGAGAGGGAAUUCUUCUUUGUAAAGGUUUUCAAUACACAGCUAAAAGAUAAAUUCACACCAAAGAGAAUAAUUAUAAUAUCAAAAUAUUAUCAGCACAGUGGUUUCCUGGAGGUGAAUGGUGCCUCCCUUGUGUGUGAUGCUGAGUCUGACCAAAAGAUCAGUGUCCCAAACCACAUCAUCAGGAAGGCAGGCGAAACCCCAAAGAUCCACAAGCUUCAAACUAAGCCAAUUGGAACAGUUGUGAAUGGAGUGUUUGUAGUCCAGAAGAAAACAGAACAGAAGAAUUGUGUAUUAUUUGAUGUAAAUGACAACACAGGGAGCAUGGAAAUAUUGGUGCUUAGAAAACAGAACAAAGAAGAAUGUGAGGACGGGGAUAAGCUUCGACUUACAUUCUUUGAGCUGUCAAAGAGUGGAGAAAAACUACAGCUGAAAUCUGGAGCUCAUAGCCUUAUAAAGGUUAUUAAGGCCAAAAAAGAAAAAAAUUGAAAAGGAUCAAUUCAGAUCAACUGGUCUAAACAACAUUUAAUUGAAGAAUGAAUGUGUGAUACAGCCGCUUCCAUCAAAUUGUGAGGUACCUGAGAACAGCAGUUCACAGGCCCUUCCCCCCACCAAAUUAGCAUUUGGAUAGGAUGGAUAGUGGCUGGAUA